ACCCUCCUCUAACUGAACACCAACGCGUUGCGACUCCAUUUUAUAUUCUAUUAUUUUACAACGAGAAAGUUAUAUUUGAAACAACAAAUAAAACGUAUUAUGAACAUUUGCCGUAAAUAAAUGAAGUGAUCCGAUAAACUACGUAAUUAAAUGUAAACGGACAUAUCGUGUCGGACUGUGUUACGUAAUAUUUUCGCCGUGUUAAAGAUUGUGUAAGAUCUAAGAGGGGGUGUUCGGCCGGCAUGCGGCGUCGCUGAUGCUCUGCGGCGCAAUCCUGAGCGCCGCGCCGGUGUCCCUGCGCGGGCUGGCGCCUCCGCUGCCCGCCGCGCGCCCGCCGCUCCUAGCUCUCGUCAUGCACCACAUGCAUCGCGUCGACGAUGAAUCCAGCUUCAUAGAGAAUGGUCUACUCUCAUACGAGAACCCCAACUACCACUUGGACCCGUCCCGCCUCGAGUCAGCGAUAUACACAGAUCUAUACGACAUGCAUGACGAGAAGAACACGCCAGACGACUACGACAGCUACCUUGACAACAGGAGAGUCGAAGACGAAGCCUCAUCACCAGUAAACAAAACAAGUGAAAAAAGCGGCUUCAUCACGCCGUCCCAACAGAAUGGUGGAGAAGAAUCGCCCCCACCAGAGAAGGAGAGGGCGGAUCAAGAAGACACAGAGAAGAGCCACGCGGGGCCCGUGCCGCACUCCGCCGAGGGGCCCAACGAUGACCUCUACGCGAUACCAGUUAAAUUGAGGCCGAAGAAGGAACCGCAGCUGCCUCCUGGAUGGGAGAAGCAUGAAGAUUCCGACGGACCCUACUACUGGCAUAUAAAGAGCGGCACAAUCCAAAGGGAGAUUCCCAAAAUGCCACCAGUCGAAGCCAAGGAGUCUCGUAUCUCCAUGGUGCGUGACUGCUCUAACCUUUCUGAGGUGGGCAAAUACGAGGGUGUGAUGACUGGAUCUGUCACUAGGAGUACCACGAGCGGAGCUCUGGACCACGUGGACCAUGAAGCAGAGAGGAAACGGAAAGAGGAGAUGUCGUACAAACGCCGCAGCUUCCCAGCCCGUCCGGAGCCCGACAAUGGUCGCGCCGUGCGGUUCUUCGUACGCUCGCUCGGGUGGGUGGAAAUCUCCGAGUCAGACCUCACGCCCGAGCGCUCCAGCAGGGCUGUUAACAAGUGCAUCGUGGACCUCAGCCUGGGCCGCAACGACCUGCUCGAUCAGGUCGGACGCUGGGGUGAUGGCAAGGAUCUGUUCAUGGACCUCGACGACGGCGCCCUCAAGCUGAUAGACCCUGAGAGCCUGAACACCUUACACACGCAGCCGAUCCACACCAUUCGCGUCUGGGGCGUCGGCAGAGACAACGGACGUGAAAGGGACUUCGCGUACGUGGCCCGCGACCGCGCCACCCGCAAGCACAUGUGCCACGUGUUCCGCUGCGAGGCGCCGGCGCGUACCAUCGCCAACGCGUUGCGCGACAUCUGCAAGCGCAUCAUGAUCGAGCGCUCGCUGCAGCCGCCGCCGCGCCCCACCGACCUGCCCGCAGCACGCCGCCCGAGACCUUUGUCUGGGUGCGCGUUCCCCACUCCGAUGGAGGAGCCGCGUAAGACGGUGCGCGCCCUGUACCUGGGCAGCGCGGAGGUGCCGCGCGCCACCGGCAUGCGCGUGCUCAACGACGCGCUGGAGCGGCUCGCGGCCGCGCGCCCGCCCUCCGCCUGGCGCGCCGUCAACGUCGCCGUCGCGCCCUCCAUGAUCACCGUCACCGAGGAGGGGGAGUCGAGCCCGGUGGUGGAGUGCCGCGUGCGGUACCUGUCGUUCCUGGGCAUCGGUCGCGACGUGCGGCGCUGCGCGUUCAUCGUGCACACCGCGCAGGAGCUGUUCGUGGCGCACGCGUUCCACGCCGAGCCCUCCGCCGGCGCGCUCUGCAAGACUAUCGAGGCCGCUUGCAAGCUGCGCUACCAGAAGUGUCUGGACGCGCACGGCGGCGCGGCGGCGCUGUGCGCGGGCGGCGCGGGGGGCGCGGGCGGCGCGGGGGGCGCGGGGGGCGAGGCGGCGCGCGCGUCGCUCGGGCAGGCGCUCAAGUCGCUCGUGGGCUCGCUCACCGGCCGCCGCUCCUCCUGAACCAUGGAUCAGUCGCCGCUGAAUACUGACAACCCUCCACCGGCGCUACCCGACGGCGAUGAUUCUGAGCGCCCGAGCGCCGCGCCCGCUGGCCAGCCGUGACGUGCGCCGCCCAGCUUCUCAUUCGGACCCGACGCGGCUUACGGCUCUCUUGUCUGUCUAGGAAAAUUCUUUUAGGUCACUAAACCUAAGCGUAAAUGACAUUUUGCUUCGAGUUACAAUUAUUUCAUCAUUUUUGUGCUGGUAUCAUUGAGUCAAUCGGAUUUUUUGAUGGUUUUCACUGGUUUUACGAAGCAUUGACUGCAUCUACAUACAUAUCUGUUAGUUGUGCUCACGUUAGAAGUUCAUAGCAAAUGUAACCGUUUUCGAUGUCUGACACAAGGGGUUGUCAUGUUUCUGAUUGUUUUUGUACUCUGAUAUAGAUGGCGCUUUUGACAAAAUAGAAAUGUACCAAAAAUGGUUUAUAAAAAUAUAGAUUUUGAAGGUGUUUCCCCUGUGUCAGAUGUUCUCAACCACUUAGGACGGAAUGCUAGUCACACAAUAAUGCUAGACUGCUUUGAGCUUACCGUGGAAAAUAUAUACAAACCUAAAAUAUAAGUCAUAUACGAACUGAAAUGUCAUUAAGAAAUAUAACAUAGCUAUUUUUUUCUAUGUAGGUAUUUUGUUGAUCUCUUUGUGUCCAUUUUAAGGACCAGUUUUAAUAUCUUGCCCGGUAACUGGAUUGCGAAAUAUAACAAUCUGAUUUGCGUCUAAUGUCUGUCGUAGAUACCUUAGAUAUGGGCAAUGGGUCCUAGUCCUUUUAUCCAAUAUUUACAUAAAAUUUUAUUUUCGACUGAUUUCAAUUCCGCUUGUAAAAAGCUUUCGACAGUAGUAACUCAUAGUUACCAGAAUAAAUGUUAAAUCGUGCGUUUUCCGUCUAUUUGUGCUUCAAACAGACAGAAAAUGGCGGAUGAUUAGUGAAAAUUAGUAUUUAACGUCCUCUAGAUUAACGCGUUUCAUUUAACACGUAGGAUAAUCUUGUUUGACGCAGUAACUGGCCGUCACCUGGUCUCUUGAUGGUUACCAUUUAAAUUACUAGUCCAUAGUCUUAGGUAUGUUAAGCUUGUGUAAAUGUUCGCGUAACGUGGCGUGUGACGUCACACGGCACGUUAUUGGUGUUAGUCGUAAGUUUCUUUUGUGUAAAAUUUGUUAUGUAACUUAGUACUUAUGGUAUCUUGUAAAUAAUUGUAUAACAGUAAUAUAAUAUGCGAUUGAAUAGGACCAUUCCAGUAGUGGGAAAGAUGUGGCGGCGUGGAGUGGAGCACGGUAUGAUUCUAGGUAAGAUAUCGGUACUCGAACAUCGCGUUCUUCGUGUAGAAAAUAGGACCCUAUGUAUAGAAGAGUUUAUUUUUGCUUAAGCUUUAAGAUAGAGUUUCAAUUGCAAAAGAUGAAUAUUUUUUGUAUGUCACCGCAUUGAGUAUUAUGAUGUGUAUUUAUAGCUUUUUAAGCGGAGAUCUUUAUAAAAUUAUAUGCAUGUGUGCGUUGGUGUGGAUAUGAUUUAUGAAAUCACAUUUUUGGAAUUUUUCGUAUUGUUUGUCAAAAUGUAAUCAUAAGACACGCCUCCAGCAAACUUCAUAACUGUAAUGUAAGGAACACGUUGAGCUUUCACUAAUUAUAUAUUUUAAUACAUAAAAUAUAUUAAAUACAAAUUCCUUUUUGUGUAUAGAUAUAUGUCCGUAAAGUCGCUAUUAAGGGCUAGCGCGCACUGUCAGUCCGGAAUUACCGCGCAAUUCUGCGUUUAAUUCGCAGUACUGCGGUUAAAAAAACGCGACUUUUCUGGAAGGGCGUGCUGGCUCUAAAAUGGCCCAUUGCUUUCAAGAGCUCUUGGCAGCGUCAUCUGUCAUCUAAAAGCUUAUUUUCCUCGAAAACAAAUGAUAUAGUUAUAAUAUAGAAUUAGGGACCUUUAUAAGAUUCGGAAAUAAUCCUGGUUAUAAACAAGGUUUAGUUACCAGUCGCAAGUUUUAUGCUUGGUCGACUGAGAAGACAUCGCGCUUGCAUCUAGGUAAAGUUCAAAGGAAUAAUCGAUAUAAUAUUGUACUGUUAAUGUGUUUUUGUGUCUGUAACACUCGAAAAAUAUAAGUAAAAUAAUAUUAACUGGGAGAGGCCUUUUGGUGGUUCAUGUAAGUCAAUAUCUGAUUUGACAUCUGUCAAUAUCAAAUUGACAGUUUACAAUAACGUUGUUCGACACCUCAACUCUUGAAGGUCACUCCCAUCUCCCUCUAGGUAAGGCUAUCAAGUUAGAACUCACAAAAAUAGCUUUGAAAUAUAUUUUAAGUGUUAGAAUCAGUGUCGCUUCACACUUAUAAAACGAAUACACUGAGCUGUUCUGUAAUACGUAAUCAUAGUGUCACUUUAAUGCUAAGUAAAAGUCAUUAUUUAUACAAAUUGAUAUUGGGGCGGGCGCGAGCGUGCCGCGGCGUUCGGAACGCGGCGGUCGAGACGCUCGUGCGCGCGACCUCGUUAGACGCGACAUGUGAAGCUUCGACUGCCUGCGAGUGAAGUAAUGUCAAUAUUUUCUAUAAAAUAUAAACGUUUACUAUGUAGUUUAGAUAGCUUGAGAAUUCCUGUUUUCUAGCUCACUGUUGAAAUAAAUACAAUGGGAUAAAUAAUGUUAUAUGAAGUCAUCGCUUUAACAGCUUAAAAGCCUUCAAACUGUGGCUUUUAAUGAAUAUACUUUUGUGAAAUUAAUAAAAAAAUAUUCAUAAA